AUGCAACAAAGUAGACGAUUUUCACAGCUCCUCUUCACCGCUUUCCUUAAUUAUUCACCUGAGAUGCAAGUGUGGUCAGGAAGCCGUGGGAACGCUGUUGGUGGAAUCGUGUAUGCAAAGCCACCAGAGGCUCUUCCUAUUCUAAAUCCAGAGUCCACAUGGCUUUUGCGUACGAAGAAUUUCUGGCAUGAUUUAAUCUACAGAAAAGAUCUUUCAUUUAUCUUUCAUCAAUUUAUACUGGAUGAAAUCCUAGAUACUCCAAGAAUGAUGGGACUUCAGGGCAUCAAAUUACGCAAACUACUCCCUAUCAUAAAAAAAAUGAAGAAACCCCAUUAG